CAAUUUUUGGCACUAAAAAAAGUAUCUCAAAAAGAAUUUUGUUGUAUAUUUGUUUUGAUUUUAUUUGCUAUAAAAAUUAUCAAUACAAAAAAAUUUAAUAAAAAAAUAUCCUCAACAGAAGUGUUGCAUUGAAGUGUGUGAAUAAAAUAAAAUCAAGAAAAAAUAUAAAAAUACAAGUGUAGAUACAACAGAAAGUAAAAGUAUCUCAAAGGCAAAAAAAUUAAAUAAAAAAAAAAAUAAAAUAAAAAAAAAAAUAAUUUGCAGUUACUAUUCAGUUGAGAGGUUCUUGUUGUUGCUGUGUGCUGCAGUUGUUUUUGUUUUUUGUUGUUGUUGUUGUUGUUGUUGGCUGGUUCCAAGGAGAUUUACGUUCGGAAUAACCAUUCAUGCAUUAAGAUCAAAGAACGUCUCUGAACUGUGUGUUGGUAAUUGCUGCUGUUGUUGCUGCCGCCCCCGCAUUGGCACAAGACAUGGCACUCAUUUGCAAACGUCUUUAGAAUCAAUAAGAAUACAAAUCAAAACAUUCUUCAAUGGAAACAUAACAGUUAUUGGUCAAUUCUGUCAGUUUGAAGUCUAUGGACGAAAAUGGAUUACAGUUAUAAGUUUUUAUGGCUGUCCGGUAUACUAUUAGGUCCUAUUCUAUUCGCAGCUAUCACCAUGCAAAAUGUUGCCAGCCCAGUUUUUCAAAAUCACAAAACAAAAGAAUGGACGAAUUUAGAUAAUAUAACAUUUUCGUUUGAUUGCUCCAAUCGGCCGGUUGGUUUUUAUGCCGACAUGGAGUACAAUUGUCAAAUAUUUCACAUGUGUGAUGAAGAAGGAAAUCGCAUACCCCACUUAUGCGCCAAUGAAACUUCCUUUAAUCAGGAGUACAGAAUCUGUGAUUGGGACUAUAAUUUUAAUUGUACAGAAUCACCUAAAUGGUUUUAUCUCAACGAGCUGACAUAUGCCACUGAAACGCCAGAGGAUGAAGACUAUUAAAGUGAAAUAAAUUAAAUGAAUUUUAUGUAAUUAUAUUAUAAUAUUAUUUUAUCCUAUUCAUAAAUUAAAUCAAACAAAAAACAAAAAUAUUAAAAAUUAUAGAAAAAAAAAAAAAACAAAAACAAAAAAUAGCGAAGGGCUUGCCCAUAAA